AAACUUACUCGAUGAGUUUGUACUAUACCUCAUACUAUACUGAUCAUCAAUUUGUUUCAAUCAAAAGAACUAUAUAACUAAUUUUAUAUGGCGGUGAACUUGAAUAACAGCAGCAUAGUGAAGCCAGCUGAGCCUGGAGCAUGGAAUGGCAGCCUUACACUCUCUGAAUUAGAUUUAAUUGGCUCCAUAGCUCACGUCCCAAUUGUGUACUUAUACCCAGCUCCUCCUGAAAAAUGGCUCAAAGAAAACGACACCGUUUUCAAUGUCCUCAAAGAAUCAUUGAGCCGAGCACUCAAGAUAUUUUACCCACUAGCCGGCCGCCUUCGGUGGAUUGAAGGCAGAGCUAACGUCCUCGAGCUUGACUGCAACGGGAAAGGAGCUAAGUUCAUCGAAGCUGAGUGUGAGUCGACAUUGGACGACUUUCACAAUGAUCAGUUAGCUUCACUGACUGACCAAUAUCGUAAUCUAUGUCCAGAUGUAGACUACAAUAUCCCACUCCAAGACAUACCUGUGACUCUAGUCCAAGCCACUAGGUUUGCUUGUGGGGGGAUAAGCCUGGCCGUAAGCCUUUCUCAUGCUGUCCUUGAUGGUCAAUCUGCUUUUAGCUUCAUCUCCGAGUGGGCUAGUCUCACUCGAGGCGAAGGAGUGAAACAGAUGCCGUAUUUUGACAGGAAAUGUAUGCGAGCAGGAGAACCGGCGACAGUGAUCCGGGAUGAUGACCCAACCGGAUUUCAUCUUUCAGAGCUGUUACCUGAUCAUGAUGAAGAGAUCAAAUCAUCAAAUGGUGGAGAAAACGCUGUGCUCCCCAAGCAGAAAACUACUAUGGCCAUACUAAAGCUUGGGAAACUAGAUAUGGAGAAACUAAGAGAAAAGGCUAACAAUGGCCUAUGUUUCAACAUUAGCGUAGCGGAUCGUUCUUACACUAGAUUCGAAUUGUUGGCGGCCCACGUGUGGAGGUGUGCAUGCAAGGCACGAAAGCAUGAACCAGAGCAGCCAACGUCGUUGGGGAUAUGCGUCGACUCUAAGCGCCGUUUGAACCCACCACUACCAAACGGCUUCAUCGGCAAUGCCACGUUCGACGUGACCGCCACUGGGAUAUCUGGAGAGCUGGUAUCGAAGCCCUUGGGACAUGCAGUCAGCAUAAUCAAAGCAACAUUAAAAAAAGUAACGAGUGAGUUUAUCUGGUCAGCUGUUGACUAUUUGAAAUACCAAACGGACUUGAGCAUGUUUCAAAGUCCUCUUCCCACGAACCGCGAUGAAUCUUUUGUCUAUCAGAAUCCAAACCUGGGCAUUAUAAGUUGGUUAGGGUUGCCCAUGUACGGACAAGACUUUGGGUGGGGAAAGGAGAUUGAUAUGGUUCUGGGAGAAAUUGAGCCAGGAUCAGUGGUUCUUAUUCCUGAUUGCAAUGAUGAUGGAUCAAUGGUUGUGGCUCUCCGUUUGCAAACAGACCAUAUGGAUUCAUUUAAAAAUCACUUUUACAAUAUCAUAUAAUUAAGUAAAUAGUUGGCUACUUUAGUUGUUGAGUAUUGCGGUUUUAAGUUAUGGAAUAUCAAAAUAAGUUGAGGGGUGUCGUUUUAUAAUUAGUUAACGAUAAUUAUUAUUAUUUAUUAAAUAAAAAUGUGUGAGACCUCAUAUUGAAUUGCACCAAUGAUGAUAUGUCAUGUUA